UGUUGCUUCACUUUCGGCAUUACACAUAUCAUUAGCGUGUUUAAAGCCUCUCAUGACACUCGGUUACAGACCUCCUCAUUCUACUCACUUGAUGUAGUAAAGUAAGGUAGACAGGGCGCGAAGUUGGUCAAUUGUAAUGGUUGAGUGCACUCAUAUGCGUAGCGACCACGGGUGGUUAGGUAAACCGCGAAUUUCUAACAUAAAAUAGAGAAUACACAUUUCUCGAAAACGAUAACCUUAUUAUAUUUAAGGUACCGUCAAUAAUUUAAUACAACAAUGACAUUUUAGUGCUGGUGUUAAAGACGGUCAAGCGUUGUGACGCUGACUUCUUAUUAUAAUGGACGAGGAGAAAAAGAAACUCGAAAAAUCGUCAAAGUUUUAUAUUCCUCGCCGUUAUAUUCUAUGUGUACUUAUGUUCGGAGGAUUUUUAACCAUGAACUGCCAGAGGUCUUGUUUAAGCGUGGCUAUUGUAGCAAUGUCCAGCAAAACAAGGCACUGGGAGAAUGGAAAGUGGAAAUCAAAGCCUCCUGAAUUUCAUUGGGAUUCAGAAAAGAAAGGUAUGCUUCUUGGGGCUUUUUUCUAUGGAUAUUUGAUCCUUCAAAUUCCAGCUGGUUGGUUGUGCAUGAAAUUUGGUGGAAAGAGAGUACUUGGAAUUAGCGUCUUUAUCGCUUCUGUCAUAAAUGCACUGUUGCCGGAAAUCGCACGAUACAACGAGGAUUUUUUUUUCAUAGCACGAAUAACACAAGGCUUCUUCUUAGGCGUUGUGUUACCUUCCAAUCAUUACUUGUGGGGCAAAUGGGCACCAACCAAAGAAAAAGGCACAUUAGUCUCUUUCUCUAUAUCGGGGUUGUCAGCUGGUAUGCUGACUGCUUAUCCAAUCUCUGGCUUGUUAUCACAGUAUGGCUUCGCAGGCGGUUGGCCAUCAGUCUUUUAUACGUUUGGUGGAGCGGGCCUCCUCUGGACAUUCGCUUGGUACAUGUUGGUAUCAGAAACUCCUCAAGAACAUCCUUCCAUAAGCGCAGAAGAGUUAGCUGUUAUGGACCAACUAAAGGACAAUAAGAAUGGAAAGAAACAGGAUCAGAUUCCAUGGUGCAAAAUAUUUUCUAGUCUUCCUGUGAUUGGAAUUAUCUUUGCUAAUUUUACGUUUGACUGCAGUUAUUACACUCUUCUUAUUACCAUGCCUCUGUUUCUUCGAGAUGUUCACAAGUUCAAUGUAGCAACGACUGGCAUAGUUUCUGCUAUGCCGUGGUUCUUCAUGACCAUCAUGAUAUCGAUAGCCGGUUUUUUAGCCGACAAAGCACGUCAAGUUUUACCUGUUGGUUUGACCAGAAAAUUAUUUUUCAACAUUGGUGUAAUCGGUUCUGGUUUCUUUCUCAUUAUUGCUGGUUACGUUGAAUCUUCCGAAGCUACGAUUGUUCUUCUUUGUGUGAGUGUCGCCUUCUUUGGCUUCGCAUUUAGUGGAUUCAUGGUAAAUCCUAUGGACAUUGCACCAAAAUACGGUGGCACUAUUAUAGGCAUUAGUAACAGUAUAUCGACGACACCUGGAUUUGUUGGACCAGCUAUCGUUGGUAUUAUGACCAAACAUGGGACGGCAGGUGAAUGGCUUGAAGUUUUCUAUGGUCUGGCUGGUGUCAGCAUUAUUGGAGGCUUGGCCUAUAUAUUACUUGGCUCUGGUAAACUACAACCAUGGGCGACUUACAGCAUUGUAGACGGAGAAGUAGAAACGGGGGAGACGAUAGAUGAAGUCGAAUUAGGAAAUAAAAAACAAGAAGAAACAAAAUAUAAUAUAAAUGAACUUUCAAAUAUACUUAACAAUGAACCUUUACAGGAUUUUCUGGGGGAGAAAAACAUAGAUAAGAUGCGUGAUUCUGGAUAGAAUACUUAAUAUUUUUUUAGCAAUUUAUAUUUAAUUAGACUCCCGGAUUUAUCUAUAAUUAGUCAAGAAACUGAGUUCACACGUCAAGUUCGCACUUUUAAAAACAAAUUUUGCAGGUCAUUUUACAAAAUAAAAUUUUUACAACAAUUUCCACAACAGAUUUUACAGGUGGUUUUACAGGAUAGAAUUACCAGCAGGUCAUUUUGCAGAACAAAUUCUACAGGUCAUUUUCAGGAACAUAUUGCGGAACAUAUUUUUGUUGAUAAUUAUAUUUUUUAAACAGUUAGAUAUGUUGUAACGAAUAUACGUUUUAUACAAAAAAACAUACCAGUUAUUUCAAA